AUGGCAAGCUACAUUACACAGUACCUACCAAACUUCAAAAACUCAUUGAGUGCAGCAGAAACGUCUAAAAAUGUGGAGUCGUUGAACUCAGUGGGCCCUGGACAGAUCAAGUACAUUGCAGUUAUUGAUACUGGCGAAGAAGUUCUGGACUCAAAGGAAGAGCUGGACUCGGAGUUGAGCAAGCGAUUGAUUACGUUUGUACAUAGUGAUACAAGUACUGAGAUUAGUCCCAAUGUCAAAAUACGAUUGGCUGGAUUAAUGCAAGGUGUCUAUGCCUUCUCCCUGGAGUUCAUCACCACACCCAAGGCGGAAAAGAGUGUGAAAAAGCCUAUGAUUGUCAGUUCAGAGGGUGAGAGUUUUGUUGUGGUUCAAAUUGAGAAGUCGUACAGUCUUAUAUGCUCCAUCGCAUCCAACGAUCAAACUGUCACUAAACAAUUGCAGUAUCUACUCAAUCAGCAGCAUUCCUUUUUCAAACUAUUUCACAAAUCGUUAAAGAGUAUAAAGGAGGAUACAGGAGACGAUGUGUUGCGAGAUUUGUCAAGUCGAUGGUGGAGUGAGUUUUUGUCCGACUACAAUCAAAAUUUAAGCACGCGAGAUAUUAAAUGGCCUCAUAUUUUCAACUACUCCGGGUUCAAUAACAUGAUUGCGGACGGUUAUAGAAAGUCGUCUAUUUCAAUUUCAAAGAGAGUCAAAGAUGAGUUCAAAGGGUUGUUGUUGAGUGAAGAGUUGAUUCCGCAUGGUCUCGUUAUCAGCAGCUUUGCACCAGUUGUGAAGAAAAUGGGUCUUAUCCAUAUAGAGUCCUUAGUAGGUGGGUUGGAAUACGAGUCCUUGGUGGAUCUCCAUAAGUGGAUGGAGUUUGACUAUGUUAUGCGAACCACGAGCAAAAGGGGGCGUAAUGAUCGCGAUUCCCACGCUGUUGCAGAAGAAGACACGCUUGGGUUCAUGAAUCCAAUCAACUUGACAAAUAGCUUGGUGGUUCUGCCGUGGAAUAAGAUGUCCGAUAUGAUUCGUGGUGAAAGCGCUGUAAAUUCUACUGAAAAUAACGAGAACUCGCAAACACUCAAGCCAAAGACAUCGAGAGCAUGGCUUUCAAUGCCAAGCGUGUUUGGAGGAGAUUCGAGUGAAGUUGAAAAUAGUAGUUUAUGUUUGCCAAGUGCAGAUGACGGACAGGAGUCAGUAAAGCUGGUUGAAGAUGUACUUUGUCGGUUCUUGUAUGGUAUCCAGCCGGAUCAAUCUAUAUUGAGAAAGCUUGUUUAUCUUUCUACAAACAUUGCAAGAGAUGAUGAUCGAUCUGAAAAGGUAUUUUCUGAGUCCGAGUAUCAGCUAGUGACAUAUUUCCGAGACGACAUCUGCAUCACUUUAGUGUACGACUCGCUGGAGACAGCACGUCUUGACAGUGCCGAGUUUUACAAACAUUUGUCAUUGACCAUCUUGAAUCCAUUACAAGAAGAAGUUGUUUCUUAUCAAGCAUCGACACUAGGGACAAGUACCAAUUCGAUAGCCACAUUGAACUUAGCCAAGAUUGAUAAUAAUUUCCUAUACACGGUGGUUGAUUUCAAGCAAAUGAAUUACACAUCGUCAAUACCCUUAAUCCUCGAUGAACAAGAUGAAAAAUUUGCCACAAUUGUUAAUAUCCACAACCAAUUGAUCAAGAUUUCUCGGAAUUUCGAUUUCAGUGCUCAUGAAUUUUAUCAUAAAUUUACGUUGGGCAAUAAGCACGAUUGGAUGAGCUACAUCAUCAAGUAUGGACAUAAAUUGAUUGUUAUUAUCAAAAAUAAUACAAAGAACAGUAGCGGUGUGAGUGCGUAUAGUGGUGGCGGAAAAAGUACCGCUAUUCCGCCUGAGGAAAGAACCGUGGUGAAUCAGAUUACCGGAAUUGUUUCUGAUUACGCAAGUUUGGGAUUUUUGGAUAAUUUAGGAGAUGAUGUGAAGUACUGGUUGGGACAGGUUAUUGAUACUGAGUAG